UCGGCUAAAAGUUGUCAGAGAGCGAUGUUCUUCCAAAAAAUGCAAUUUGCAUUUGUCGCAGGAAUUUCUGCUGCUCUUGGUAGUGUUUUUGGAAAAUUAUCUGGGUCGACACGCACUCUGAUGCAAUUAGUAAAUAUUUCUAAAGUAAUUUUCCAUGUGAACGAGGAAUAUGUUUUGUUUGGUUUGCGGUCCACGUUCUUCAUUUUAAUGAUUGCUUGCAAUGCGUCUGUCUGGUCUUUCUAUGUGAGAGCACUCCAACAUUCAAACUCUUCACUUCCAGCAACUGUAAUAAGCACAGCGACAAAUUAUAUUGUAUCAGCACUUUUGGGGGUAUUCCUGUUUGGUGAGAAAACUGGCUUGCUUUGGUGGACUGGAACAAGCCUAGUAAUUUUCGGCUUAGCGAUAAUAGCAAAAAAGGAAGAAGUAAUUGUAGUAAAAAAAUUUGAAUAAUUUUUAGCUUGACAUAAUAUGUAUACAUAAAAUAUAAAAAAUUUUGAAAAAAAAUGUAUAAUAAUUUUGACUUAUAAGCAUAAGAAGUUUUCGCUUUUAUUGGAAUAUUUCACAUUAUUUCAGUUACAUACAGUAAUUGCAGUGUUGUGAUUGUGAAUAAAAUUGGU